AUGCAGAAGGAUUUUGCAUGAUGUGUAUAAUGCAAGACCAUAUUACCCAGGCACUCAAUAAUCCUGGGGAUGUUAUUAAACCCAUGUUUGUCAUCAAUGAGAUGCAGCGCAUAGCCAGCCACUUCCAAAUUGGCGAGCAAGAAGAUGCCCAUGAGUUUCUUCAGCACACGGUUGACGCCAUGCAGGAAGCGUGCCUCAGUGGCAGCAACGAAUUGGACAGACACACCCAGGCCACCACACUAAUUUGCCAGGUGUUCGGGGGAUACCUGAGAUCUAGAGAAUUCACCCCGCUCCAGUGGGACCAGGCCACGGAAAGACCCAGCAAGGAGUUCCACAUCAAGUCCCAGUGGAAGUCCCAGAGUCAAGAGGUUCACCGUGUGACCAUUCAGCAUAAACGCUGCCUCCAGAUUUGCCAUCUGCGCUGUCGGGCUGCGGUGGUGACUGACUUUUGUCCACCUGGAACAGGGCAGAGUCCAUCAGGGGACCUCACUGUGGUGCUUGAGGCUGGCAGCCCCACUGCUGGUUCCCCCAAGAAACUGGACAGGAUGAGUCUGUGCAACAAAUUUCAGAAGGCUUUGCUGCCACCUGGUAGCAGCCUCACACCUACCAAAGAGGUUACCCCAGAAGACAGCUCAGACAAACUGGAUGAGUCUUUGCCCAUGGUAAACAACCUUUGUCACACAAACAAGACCAGCACAGGGCAAGAUCCGCUUCCUGAACCCUGUGAUGCUGAGAAGGGAACACAGGACUGCAGCGAAAUCAUCCAGGAGGACAAAGUGUUGCUACCUUCGAGCCUGCAGGACCCUAGUCCAGGAGACACAGUGGAGCAGCUGAGCCCAGCUUCCUCCACACAACCAGAAGGUGGGCAUGAGCCCGAGCUCUCCGUUUCCCUCAGCGGAGAGCAGUGUGGUGACACAGAGGCCCCGUCCUGGAGCACAGGCAAAUCUGCAGAUGCGCUGCCCUCUGCUCAGCCACACGGGACCCCAGACCCCCAUCCUGAUGGCCCUAGGCACAGUCAUGGGGAGAGGUGUGACAAAGACAAAGCCUGCCAGAAGGCUCCGGAUCGUCCUGCAUUUAACAGGAAAAUCAGCAGCCUCAAGAAAACUGACAGAGGACGUUACUGUAACCAUCGAGACUAUUCUUCUGAUGGGGAACACAUGAAGAGAAAUCGGAGCAGGAGUAGGAGUCAGAGGAGGACUGGGGGUCAUUGGCACAGAAAGCGGCGCUCCUACACCAGGAAAAACAGCAAACAGGAGUGCCACGCCACUGUGCGGCCCCGCAGCAGGAGCCGGCACCCUCUGUGCUGUGGGGAGUCAGUCAGUCCCAGCAAGCGCUGCGGUCUGGGAAGGUUCAGCUGCCACCACUCCCAAACCAGGAGAGGGGCCGAGCAGCAGGACAGGAGCCGAUAUCACCGCUCAGGCAGUGACCACACCUGGCUCCAAAAGACAGGUGACCCCAAGAAGAUGCGGUGGGACGGGUGCAGGUAUUACCCCAACAGGUACACCCCAUAUGCAAGCAGGAAGCCCAGUGUAAAGCGGCCACACAAGGACUCCUCCCCGGCCAGGAAGGGCUGGGAGCCUCCUGCCUGGGUGAGGGAGCGGACCCACUUCCACAGCCCUUGCACAGAUGCUGCACCCCCUUUCCCUCUGCACCCCGAGGGCCACUCCCAGGAAAAAGCUGCCUUUGGAGCUGAUAACAGUGGCUGUGGCCUGUCUGAUCGGUUUUAUGAACACAAAAGCAUGAAGUCACACAAACGUAGAUAUGAGAGUGCAAAAAGUAAUGACAGUCAUGAGGAAAAGAAAGCCCACAGGAGUCUGCCCAAAGACCUGGAGGAGCCUAAGGCGAAGAAGCACAAAAAGUCAAAGAAGAAGAAGAAAUCUAAAGACCAGCACCAGGAGCGUGACCACAGGCAUCAGCUGGACCCAGAUGUUCUAGAUGUGUACUCUGACGCUGACCUCUACAGACACAAAAAGAAGAAAAAGAAAAAGAAAAGACACCGGAGGAACUCAGAAAACUCUGAAAAAGAACCAGAACCGCACCUGCUGAAGGCCUCCAGCCAUGGGAACAUCAGCUACUUCAAGAGACUCGAGGGCAGCUUCCUGCUCACCAAUGGCCUGGCCAUAGAGGACCCUGGAUCUUUCCCAAAGAAGAGCCACUGGGGCAGCCCCUCCCCCUUUGUGACUGGUUCCCUGAGGAGGAGCCCUGAGAAGCUUGUUAAGAGUGAAAGUGACGGGAGUUGGGGCCGGGACACAGGUUGGCAAGCUGCGUCUCGAAGGCCAAAGCCGGCCCUGUGCCUGUCGCUCAUCACCUGUGAGUAA